GGGGGCCUGAGACCUGUCGCUCCGCCUGGGGGCCUGAGACCUGUCGCUCCGCCUGGGGGUCCGGCGCCCGCCGCUCCGCCUGGGGGCCCGAGACCUGUCGCUCCGCCUGGGGGUCCGGUGCCCGCCGCUCCGCCUGGGCCUGAGACCUGUCGCUCCGCCUGGGGGCCCGAUGCCUGUCGCCCCGCCUGGGGGCCCGAUGCCUGUCGCCCCUCCUGGGGGCCCGAUGCCUGUCGCCUUGCCUGGGGGCCCGAUGCCUGUCGCCCCUCCUGGGGGCCCGAUGCCUGUCGCCCCUCCUGGGGGCCCGGCGCCCGCCGCUCCGCUUGGGGGCCCGAUGCCUGUCGCCCUGCCUGGGGGCCCGAUGCCUGUCGCCCCGCCUGGGGGCCCGGUGCCUGCUGCUUCACCUGGUAAUCCGAUCCCGGUGUGGCUCUGCCCGGUGUGCCGCUGCCCGGAGUCCUGCCCGGUGUGCCGCUGCCCGGAGUCCUGCCCGGUG